AUGAACGUUCUGUUCGCGGAUCAACCUCGUUGGACUUCUCGGAUUCAAUACGCCGACAGUCCAACAACCCCUAAUGCUGCCUCAACGACCGGCCCUGCUCCAACCCUCACGGCGUCCAUGACGGCGCUUGCCCUCAAAACCGAUAAUCGACACCCCGGUGUCCCACCGCCGUCAAUCAUCGCCAUCUCCACUGUCCUUGUUACAGCCUCCGCGACGAAGGCAGUCACAGUCUCCUUCACUACCACCAACAGUCAGAACACCCCCGGCGGCGAGCCAACCACCACCUCCAGCAAUGUGGUCUCGGUCACAACCUGUCAUCAUUGCGAGGCAGUUGAGAGAGUGAUACCGGCAAUGCCUCGGCGCAUAUUCCUCACUAUAAACGGUUUGACGCGUUUAAGAUUAUCACUGUGUUAA